GUCGUUUUCCCAAAUUUAACUAUGAGCACAGCAAAUUUCAAGGAUGCUGCGGCUAAAAUUCUUUAAUUUUCUCAUAUCAUACGCCGCGCUUCUAUUGCUGCCCAGCCAUGCGGCUGAAAUGGUGGCGAGCAGGAAUGAAAGCGCCGCCUUAUCAAUGCCUGCAAUGCCAACCCCAUUGACUACCAUCGCAGAUCAGGCAAUGCCUGGGGCUCAACUUAAAGGCCCAACUAUGCAAACAAAUUUAGUCAGCAGCAGCAACAACAACAACAACAACAACUACAACAACUUUGACAACAACAGUAAAACAAGUAACAAUAAAACAGAGUUAGGCUCCGCAGAGGAAUUGAACAGGAACAAAUUAUAUCUAAGUCCAUCUAAAGGCGAGAUCACGGAGCUGACGGCAAAUGUUACGUUGUUCAUGCAGAAAAUACCUCGCCUGCAGGUGCACUGGGAGGACAACCUGCCCAACGGCACCACAUACAAUGUGCUGGUGAGCGCUGUGAAUAGCACUCGCUGCCCGGACGCGCCCUGCAGCGAGUACACCAUCAAACAGAAGCCCAGCAAGCACAUCUAUCUGCCGCAGAGUCCCAAUCCGAAUGUCGAGUCUGUCGACUGCAACUACAUGUUUGGCUGUCAAUACAAUGUUACCGUGGAAACGUCAAAUCUCCUCGUCCGUCGCUCUAUGCGCGUUUUCAUACCACAUUGUGUUGCCGGCAAGUGCUCCUGUCAGCUAUCACCGACACCGCCCAAAGUGCUGGCCGUGGCCAAGAUGCAGGCGAACGAUACCAUUGGCAUCAGCUUCACCAUACUGGCCAGCGAGCAGCUGCGCAAGGAGCAGGAGCAUCAUCUGCAUGAGGCCCUCCAGGCAUACAGGAUGCAAUUAAAAAUCAACGAGGAGAGCAAUCCCUCGCUGCCUUGGGGCGGUGUUCUGAAGAAUCUAUUCAGUCGGAUUUAUAAUCUCAGCGAAUUGCACUUUCGGCCCACAGCCAAGGGCUUUGAUGGCAACAUGAAGCUCAACUUGGGCACACAACUGAAGGAGAAGUCCUCCCUCAAUCUGCAGGCGAUGAUAAUUGACCCCACCGGCUGUGAGGGGCCGCGCAGCGUUACCAAAGUGCCAGUUCCCGCCAGUCCCCUGUUGCUGAACAACAAUGUCAAUUUGAAUAAUUCGCUCAUUGUCAUGACCACAUUACUCAUAGCCGUCAUAUUAGCUGGCUUAUUGACAAUCCUGUUGCGUCGUCGUCGCCGGGCCCGGGCCAAGGAGCAACAGCAGAAGAAUCAAAUUUACAUGCAAUCCUUUGCGGCAGCACCCGUCGCAAUGGAGGACAACAUCAACUACGUGGACAAAUAUGUCGAGCAGUCGCAAGCUCUGGGCCUGGCGGACAUAUUUGAGGUGCCGCAUUCGGCGAUUCACAUUGGACGAAUGCUGGGCGAAGGGGCAUUUGGCCGGGUGCACGAGGCAACUGCCAUCAAUAUGCGGCGCAUGCGGGGCACAACGAUUGUCGCCGUGAAACAGCUGAAGGCCAAUCCGUCGGCGGAUGAGGUAGCCGAGUUUCUCUCGGAAAUUGAAAUGCUGAAGGGCGUCGGCACGCACCACAAUGUGGUCUGCUUUCUGGGCUGUUGCACUAUUCGAGCACCCUAUCUGAUGAUCAUGGAGUAUGUGGGACGGGGCAAUCUGCUGAGUUACUUGCGUAUGGUGCGUCAGGAAUUGGGAGAGCCAAAGGCACGGAAUGCCAACCACCCGACUGGCAGACUGCUGACGGCCAACUCCAGAAGUGCAUCUUUACCACGACCGCAGAGUGUUAAUUACAUUGAAUUGAAGGCCUCCAAUCAGAGCAAUGAAUUGGAGUCGUCCGCCUCCACGAACAACUCAAGCUCGCAGCAUGCCACAUCGAAUGGUGUCGGCGCCAGAUUGCAGAAGCCCUCGUUUGCUGAAACUACUUAUACCAUUGUGGACGAUGAGGAAUCAUUUGAGUACAUACUUGACAACAAGGAGCUGCACAAUUUCGCGCUGCAGAUUGCAAAUGGCAUGCGCUUUCUAGAGGAGCAAGAGAUUACACAUCGGUAAGUAUUAUUAUUACCAAACCAAAAUGAAAAUAAA